AUGGUUUUUCGAAAUUGGCAGAAGACCAAGACUGCCCUUCCGGAUGUAGAUCUGGAAGCGGUCCCAAAUCACCCCGCUGCUGAUGGCUGGGUCGGUACGGAUGGUCGGUUCAUGUGUGAAUGUGGUUCAGCAAUGACAAACGACAGUCAUUGUAUCUCAUCUCACCUAACUAAAGUCCACAAACCAACGUCUGCUUAUCAGAAGUCGUCGUUGAAGGUAGAUGGAAUUACCUGGGCUUGCCCAGACUGCGAAUCGCGUCACGUAACCUGGCACGCACUGCUCGCCCAUUUCCGGCGACACCCGCAUGGGUUCAGAGGCGAUUCAUCAGACCUGAAGGAACAAAACGAUCCGUAUCGACCUGAGAGCAGUCUGGAUGCAGCCUUCAAGGCAUUUGUAUCUCGUGAAAAUCAGAAACUCGAGCUUGUCAAGGAUGGGAAUGGUUUCGUGGUUACGGCACCAGAGGGCACUGGCUAA